CACAAUUAAGAUCUCAUAAUCCUAAUUUUAAAAUAUUUAGAUGGGCAACAAAAUUCAAAAUCCCCCUGAUCGAAGCAAGAAUACAAAAGCAGAAGAAUCUAAACAUUUUAUAUAUGCUUCUUCAGAAAUGAAAGGUAAAUCAUUUUGUUUAUGAUACAGGUUGGAGGGAAGAUAUGGAAGACGCUCAUAUUAAUGUAUUUGAAGUUAUACCUGAUGUCUCUAUCUUUGGCGUAUUUGAUGGGCAUGGAAGCAAUGAUAUUGCACGUUUCGUUUAGGGACUCUUUAUUGAAGAAAUUUAAAAGAAUAAAAACUUUAAAGAUCAAAAGUUUGAAGAAGCUUUGACUGAAACAUUCUUAAAAAUAGAUGAGCUCUUGAUUAUUCAAAAUAGUUAAAUGUAAACAAAUUAAAUGAAAGAUGAAAAACUUAAUCGUAAUAUAUAUCAAUAAUCAUUUUAAUAUUAGUUUCUUAUGCAGGAUGUACUGCCAAUGUUGCUCUGUUCCAUAAGAACACACUUUAUGUUGCAAAUGCAGGUGAUUCUCGAUCUGUAUUAUGCAGAAAUAAUACAAAUUACGACAUGAGUGUUGAUCACAAACCAGACAACUAUGAAGAGAAAUAAAGAAUUGAAAGAGCCAAUGGAUUUGUUUCCGAUGGAAGAGUCAAUGGUAAUUAUUAUUUAAAUAUACUUAGGCAACCUCAAUCUAUCCAGGGCCUUAGGAGAUUUAGAAUUUAAGGGUAAUACUGCUUUAGGAUUAAAUGAACAAUUGAUAAUUGCUCUACCAGAUAUAAAAAGAGAGGUGUUAACUCAAAAUGAUAAGUAUUAAUUUAAACUUAAAUAGAUUCCUUUUAAUGGGAAGUGAUGGCAUUUUUGAGACUCUUGAUCAUUAAGAUUUACUCAAAUUUAUUAAUUCAAGGCUUGGUAAUCAACCAGUUACUCCAUAAUUUUUAGGAAGGGUGGCUGAAGAUUUGUUAGAUAACUUAAUUGCUUCAGAUCUCAUAGGUACAGGAGCUGGAUGUGACAAUAUGACAAUUAUAAUAAUUUAUUUUAAAUGA